GGCGACAGUCCGGUAGGGCGACUGACUCGUGGGAUGUAACAGACAGUCCAGUGUUGGCUUCAGGAGGCUCUUCCCCCACGCGGAGCCUCGCAGGACUUGCAUGUUGGACAAUGCAUAAAGAACAAGGGAUGCACCCGAGAUCCUGGACCUGUUUCCACAAUGCUUCCUGUCGUCUUGGCUGCUCGAGAUACGUAGUACAUACGCGCACUUGUCAACAUGGCUUCCUCCGAGGUUGAGGGCUUCACACUGCUUGGUCUGUCCAUCGCCAUUGUCCUCAUUCGAACUCUCAUACGGCUGAGACAGGUCGGCAUCCGGAACCUCGCCGCCGAUGACUACUUUAUGCUGGGGGCGCUGGUCCCUUACAUUGCCGAGACGGCACUGGCGCACGAUGUUGUUGCCAGGUACAAUGGUCUGACCAACAGUGGCCUGACCGAUGCCGAGAGGGCAGCCUUGUCCCCGGACAGCGAAGAAUAUGCUUGGAGAGUUGGCGGUUCCAAGGUCCAAGUGGCAGGCUGGUGUGUCUACGUGUCAGUCAUCUGGUUCGUCAAGGCCUCUCUCUGUACCUUCUAUUCCAGGUUGACGGAAUCCGUCAACGGAUACCGCAACCGGAUCAUCUCUGGAUAUGUCCUCAUCGGCGCCUCGUAUCUCGCUUUGAUCUUGUCCCUCCUACUCAGCUGCCAACCCUUCCACCACUUCUGGCAGAUCCACCCGAAUCCCGGCAAUCUAUGCCAACCUGCCAUCUCGAAAGUAUACGUCCUCCUGACCGUCAUCCUAAACGUCUUGACGGAUGUCUAUCUCAUCCUCAUCCCCAUCCCCAUGCUGUGGAGCGCUCGGCUACCCACAAUCAAGAAGCUGAGCCUGUGCGUCGUCUUCUCGGGCGCAAUCUUCGUCAUGACGGCCGGCCUUCUCCGUGGCGUCCUCAUUCUAAAGGACCCCAUCAACGGCCCAAAGCAAGGCUCCUCGUGGGCCGUCCGAGAAUCCUUUGUGGCGGUCGCAACCUCCAAUCUCCCCAUGAUCUGGGGCUGGCUCCAGACCAGGCUCAAGCCCUUCCUCGGCUCCCUCCUCUCCUCGCAGUCGGGCAAGCGCCGCGAAGGACCCAGUGCGGGCAGCAUCAUGCUCGCCAACACCAACGACAACACCGGCCGCGGCAGGUGUACGACGCUGGUGAGCGUCAACCGGGACGCCGAUGGGAGCACGCACGCACUGCGCACGGACGGCCAGGGGAUGGACUACGACGGCGAGCAUGCUUCUGGCGGGGGCAUCAAGAAGGAGGUUGCCAUCUCCGUCUCGUCGACGCUGGCGCAGAGCACCCAUUCAGACAGCGGGAAAGGUGCAUCGCGGAAAUACAAUCACAACUUUUGAAAUGCGACAAUGAAGGCAGCGAAACCGGGAGGAGGCACAUGGAUGCUAGGGGCUUACAAAAUACCUUGACGGCGCGUUCACGCUCUUCUUUGCUUUGCAGGGGGGCCAUAUGGACAGGCCUGCUGUUGAGCUCACAAACUAAUUCU